ACGUCCCUCCUGUCUCCCUCCCCUGCUCCUCCCACCAAUCUCACACGGACACAGAGAUCUGCCCUGAUUGCUGCUUCCCUUCUUCUUAUCUCCUUGAGACCCAUUUCCUCCAAUCUACUACACUAUCCUAGCAUAUCUCUCGUUCGAUUCCGCUGGGCAAAGCGAAUCCACUCGACUUCCCUGCCCCAUUCUUCCCUCCGCAUGAAUUGCCAUCUUCUGCAACAACUAAUCGACCGCGUCGUGCUGUUCGGUUUGCCUAAGAGCUUGGAUGCGAGUUCUUGGCAGCUCUAGCCAUGGUUUCCGUUCAACGCACCACUUCAUGACUGUCCGGCCGGCACCUCCCUGCUUCGGAACUGCAAGAGGGUGGUGAGGAUCUUUGAGGGAGAGUUCGUGGAACAGAGCGACGCUUUCUUGCUGGUGCUGCUCCCCAUGGCUUCGAGGGACUUUCUUGGCGUCUUCGGCGGCAGCGGCGGCGGCGGGAAGGUGGCGCCGCCUGAGGAGGGCGGGAGCACGGAGGGCGGCGAGUCGGACGAGAUCGACCUCGGCCUGGGCCUGUCGCUCGGCCUGGGGCUCUCCCUCGGCGGCCGCUUCGGCACCGACCGCUCCCCGGACGCCAAGCGCCCGCGCCUGGCGCGCUCCGCGUCCAUCGCCUCCGCCUGCUCCGUCUCCCUCGCCGACGCCGACGGAGACGGCGACGGCGACCCCUCCCCGGCCUCGCCGCUGCAGCUGCUGCGGACCAGCUCGCUGCCCACGGACACCGAGGAGGAGCGCUGGCGCCGCCGGGAGAUGCAGAGCCGACGGCGCCUCGAGGCGCGCCGGAAGAUGCUCGGGAGGAGGAGCUCCGUGGGGUCCUCCUCAGUGCCUGCGAAGCCAGCCAAGGAGGACGUGGCCGGCGCCGACGCCGUUAACGGGAUGCAGCUCAGGAGGUCAACCGGGUCGCAGGGGAGCAGCUCCGCAAACCAGCAGCUGCAGCAGGAGCAAGGUGUUGACAAAAGUGCAGUCUGCCAGUCAACAGACGAUAGGAGUUCAACCAAUGAAAAUACAAAUCAAAACAUUGUGAUUCCUCCUCCAGCAACAGCAGCAGCAGCUGGGAGGCCAACAAACAGCGCGAUGCCAGAGCAGCCUCCAUUGAGGACGCUUGGGUCCUUGACAACAAUGAGGACAAGCAGCACUAGCGACAUGAAGAAGUGCAUGAUGGAGGACAUGCCGAUGGUCUCUUCCAAAGUCGAAGGGCCUGGCGGAAAGAAGAUAGAUGGCUUCCUAUACAGGUAUAAGAAAGGCGGCGAGGGCGUCAGGAUAGUUUGCGUCUGCCAUGGUAGCUUCCUCACCCCUGCAGAGUUUGUGAAGCACGCUGGCGGGGGCGACGUCUCGAAUCCUCUUAGGCAUAUCGUCGUCAACCCCGCACCGUCGGCAUUCUUGUAAUUCUGAACUAGUACCUUGAGAAGUUUUUCUAGAUACUAUUACAUUAUCUAUUGUGCAUUGUAACUUGAUACACCAACCUGUUUCAGUGUUUCCGUGGAACGGAACAUAUACUGGGUCUCAUUUUACUACAAAUUGGGAGAAAGGAAGCUGAAGGGCAUUACCAUCUGCCUGUUGUUGGCUAA